AUGGGUGAGAAAGAUAUUUCAUCGACCUCCACCGAAAGUCCGGGGCGAGAGGAAUCUCUCCGCGAGGGAAGAGUUGUUCUCGUUAAUGCAGCCGAUGAAACACAUGACUUGGUCAAACAGCAUGGCGCAACGGUCGGAGAACUAACUCCAGAAAAACUCUCAACAUUGAGGAGAAAGUUGUAUCUGCGUGUUGUUCUCCUAGCCACUGUCAUCAACUUUAUGCUUUUCGUGGAUAAAUCGACCUUGGGCCAAGCCGCACUUCUUGGUCUACUUAAAGGCACUAAGAUCGGGAACUCUGAAUAUAAUAACUUGAACACGAUCUUCUAUGUUGGAUACGUGGUCGGUCAGAUCCCUGGCCACUUUCUCAUUCAGCAUUUGCCGCUUCGGGUUUAUGUGACCGGUACCAUCUUCAUCUGGGGUGUUCUCGUUUUUCUACACUGCGUUGCUUCGAGCUAUGGGGGACUCAUUCCCCUUCGAUUCUUCCUUGCCAUGGCCGAAGCACCAAUGGUUCCCGCCCUUGAAGUAACGAUGGCUAUGUUCUUUCCUCCGAAUGAGUUGUAUGCCAUCCAACCUAUCUUCUGGACCUCUUGCGUUGGAUCACCAAUCAUUACUGGUCUAAUUGCAUAUGGUCUGCUCUGGAGUCAGAGCCCCGUCAGCCCUUGGAAGUUCUUCAUGAUUAUCACAGGAGGUCUCUCUGUUCUGUUGGCCGUGGUGACAUGGUUUGCGUAUCCUAGCAACCCCGCCACCGCGAAUUUCUUAACAAUCGAGGAAAAGGUACACACUAUUCGGAGAGUCCACGAAGCGACCAAGAGCUCUAUUGAACAAAAGAAGUUCAAGAAGUAUCAAUUUAUCGAGGCUUUGCGCGACCCAAUCUCUUGGUUGUUCACACUAGCUACUUUCCUCUUGAUGCUUGCCAACAACUUGGCUUUCCAGCUUAGUCUGCUCUAUCUUGAUCUUGGUGUGUCGAACCUCGGCUCGACACUCGUGUGGGUAGCAGCAGGCGGUUUCGCUGUUAUUGUUUGUGUCAUUGCAUCCAUCCUGUUGAAAGCCUUCCCAGGAUAUAACGCUUAUUGGUCAACCUUGUGGUGUCUGCCCGCAAUUGCAGGCAGUAUUGGCAUGGUUGCUCUAUCCUGGGACAAAACAAUCCCACUGCUGGCCUGUCUGUUGCUGGCUACUAAUACUUGGGGUAUGACGUACAUCAUAUCGUUCGCAUGGACCUCUUCUAGCUGCGCCGGACACACUAAGAAGCUUACUCGGAAUGCCCUUUUCAUGGCCGCUUAUGGUAUUUCCAAUAUCAUCUCCCCUCAGAUGUGGAAGUCUGGAGGCCCGCGAUACUACGCUACCUGGAUUGUCCAGACUAUUUUGAGUUUUGUCAUGACUCCACUGAUCCUGAUUCUGAUCCGGUGGAUUUUGAACAGACGGAACAGAGAGCGAAGGGAAUGGAUCGCUGAGCAAGCCAGCCAGGGGAAUAACGGGGAAGGCUACAUUGAACAGCAGGAUGAAAACGGGGAGACAACCAAGGUCAAAGUCGAUAUUUCGCUACUGGAUUUGACCGAUUUGGAAAACAAAUUCUUCAUCUAUCCCCUAUAA